AUGAAAAUCGGAGAUCAUGUCACUAUUGGUGAAGGAAGUAUCGUUGAGGCAGCAACUAUAGGCUCAUAUGUACAUAUUGGAAAAAAUUGUGUUAUUGGAAGGUUUGCAAUCAUAAAAGACUGUUGCAGAAUUGAGGAUAAUACUGUAAUACCACCAAACACAGUUGUGCCUUCCUUUUCGAUUUACGAAGGAUCUCCUGGCAUGUUUGUAGACGAACUACCUGAAUGUGUACAGGAUCUUUAUGAAGCUAAAACAAAAGAUUACUAUGCUAAAUUCCAAUCUAAAGAUAGUUGA